AUGGCGGAAGGUGUCAAAAUCCCACCUGCGCUCAGGCAGACCAUUGUACGCAUGUCUGCUGUGUUCAAACCUGAAGAAAUACACGUGUUUACAACUGUCAGCAAACGACAACAAUCAAGGAUCCUCAAGCUAUGGAAGGAGACUGGACAGAUCGUCCCAGACCCUCCUGCUACUCCACGCCCUUGUGGGAGACCACGAAACCUCUCAGCUGAGGAUGUUUUUUUUCUUCAUGGCUGUGUCAACCGCACCUGUGACGUCUAUCUUGACAAGUUGCAAGAAUCACUUGGAAUUAUGUGUCAGAGCCAUGCCUCUAUUCCAACCAUCUGGAGGACAUUGAGAAGAGCAGGCUAUCGGAUGAAAAAGUUGAGCCAGAAUGCGGUCAAACGCAGCGCACGUAAAUGUGCACGUUAUAUCUUGAAGAUAGCAACAAAAUACCAGUCAAAUCAACUAGUCUUUGUGGACAAGAGUGCAGCAGAUUGCAGGACAACGUACCGUGGCUACGCUUGGGCAAUUCGAGGCCGACGAGCUGUUCAGAAAGCUUUCUUUGUGCGAGGCAGAAGGUAUUCCAUGCUUCCUGCCAUGUCUGAAGAGGGAAUACUCAGCUUUGACAUCAUCGAAGGUUCAUUCAAUAAGCGCAAAUUUGGACGCUUCAUCGACGGUCUGCUUGACCAGAUGAACCCUUUUCCCAUGCCAAACUCAGUGAUAAUCAUGGAUAAUUGUUGGAUCCACAAAGAUCCUGAUGCAUUGGAGAGGAUCGAGGCCCGGGGAAUGCGUUAUCUCUUUCUUCCACCAUACUCUCCGGAUUUCAACCCUAUUGAGCUUGGGUUCUCAUCUAUCAAGUCCUAUGUUUGA